UGGGCGAGAGGUGCCAAGGGAGCCUCUGUCCCGAGGACCAGGGGAUGCGAAGGGUAAGACCUGGCAGAGUUGCGUUUGGAAAUACUUUUUCCGCCUCCCGCCCCCUCGGGUACGACCAGUGUGGUCCCCAAGUGUCCUUCGUGGAGUUCUUAUUCCGUGUGAGCGAAUCGUGCGUCGGUGUUUACUUAGCUGUAUGGCCCCAGCCUGUUAACUGUGAUCUGUGCUACUUCUGGAGAUUUCUACCAUUUACUAUUUAUUGAAUGUGUGUGCACCUGGCUCUGUAUGCACUGAUGUCUGUUUGUAGAAAAUGUGUAAUUGUGCAUGUUUGAAAAACGGGCGCUUGAGUUGGUGCUGAAUGCCUAUAAACCAUAUUAGCAGCUAAGUCUUCCCAGGGAAAUACAUCGAUCUCUGCUGCAAACCUAGAAACUGACUAAUGUAAAAUAGUAAAUGUCAUAUAAAGAGAUGUAUGUCAAAUAAUAAACUUUUGAUAAAGAAAAAGCUACAGGAACCACUUCUCUUUGAGGAAAAACAAAUGUCCAUGUAACUAAUACCUAAAAUUGAAUGUUGAUGGAACCAUUUAACUCAGAACUAGCCUUUAGAUGACUAAAGUUAAUGUUGCCUUUUUAAAAGACAUUUCUUGUUAAGGCUUACAAAUCAUAAACGGAUCACCUCUCAAAUAAAAAUAUGUUUGCUGUAACAGACGUGAGAAACUGUCAUUUGGUCAUUUGGAAGUUUAAAAGCAGCAUGCAUGUUUCUGAUUUUAAUAGAUUGUCUCUCAGAUAUUUAAAAUUGAACAGAUGAGAAAAACAAAAGAAAUGUUUAGUAACGUAUUAAUCAUUUUGCCUCCCAUCUUUUUUUAUUUUCCUCCAAAUAAGUGCUAUUCUUGCCUUUGUUGUUCAUUUCCUGAUAUAUUAAGCCUCUUUGGGCAUGUAAUCCAAUAAGAGAUUAGAACAGAUUUACUGGUUUUAAAGGUGUUGAAAGAUUAUCUCUGUGGGUCCCAUAACUUCUCCUCAUUUUUAUUACCAAGUUAGUAUCUUUUGAACAAUGGGGGAAAUGCAAUUUCUUAGAGGAAGCUCAGUGGACACUGAGUAUUAGUGGGGUCACCAUUGACAUCAAUCUAUUUUGCAGAAUAUUGAGAAGCUCAGAGCAACCAACCUUUAAGGUUCCCAUAGGACUUUAUGUGAUUUAAAGUGUUGCUUUUCUAAUCCUACCCUACUGACAGUUUGCAAGGGAAGAUACACUGAUUGAUUUUUCUCUGUGCCUUUUUUCCCUGGUACUCCUCCCCCUCCCCCGCUCUCUAACUCAGUUAAGAGCAAUUUUAUAAAAAUAAAAGGCCAUUUAUAGUUUCUUAAGUGAGACAAAUUACUUUCAGAUUAUAUCCAUACAUGAGCAGAAGACAUGCACCUCCAGAAUUUUAAACAUUGCAUACUACAGGCACUUAUUUGUAGGCACAAUGGCAGUUACCAUAGUGGGGCAAGAGACUUGAUGUUGGACAUGGUUUUAAAAAACUAAUCCAUUUUAGCUUAUCAGGAGAACUUACUGUAAACAGACUCUUUUUGUUUCAAAGAUGUCUCCCACUCCAGGCGAGGAGCGCUCUUGGCUGAGGUAUGUAUCAAGUGUCUGAUGGGGAGAGGUCUCAUUGUGUUUCUAAGUGUCCAUGGGGGUAACAUGAUGCCACAAGGUGGAAAUACUCAAUUCUGGCCUUUCACAAGUAAAAUACUGUGCUUGCAUACUCGUUGUUAGGAAAGCAAAUUAGAUAUUCAUGCCCCUGAAUUUUAAUAACAUUAAUAUAUGUAUGUAAAAAGAAUGUUAUGACUAGAACCUUAAAUAAGCCAUAAGUGAUUAUUAUUUACUGUGUAAAGUUUUAAAUUCUGAUGAAAACCAGGUCUCACAUUGAAGUAGUGCUUGGCUUUGUUUGUUAUCCACUGUUUUCUGUCCUUUUCUGUUACCCAUUUCCCAGUGGACCAUGUUCCUCUCUGUCUUGCCUGUGAGAUUGCUCUUCUCUAAUAAGCCUAGCUGCAGGAUCAGUGUGUUCUUUUUGGCAUUUCAAAAUGGUAAAAUAGUGAAAUUGUUAAAUGUUACCAAGAUGAAACUGCUGGGAAUGAAAUUCUCAAAAAGAACCACUAUAUUUGUGGCAUGUUUCAGCCUCUUCCAAAAGAAAACUCUUUGAUUCGGUUUACCUAUUUUCCCAAGAAGGAAGCAGCCCCAUUGAUUGUGUUGAUAAGUGUUUAGUAUGCAGUGUCAGCUUAUUAAUUACUAAGGCAAAGCCUGAGGAACUGUUUCAAAACAGUCGUAUAACACUGUUCUUUGCUUUGACUCAAAAUUAACAUUAACCACGGGGAAAUUUAGACAGGCUCCUUGGUUGUCUUGCAUAUUAGUGUUUGGAAUUAGAAUUCAAAUACUUUGCUAUGUAAGAAUAAACUAUUAUGUGAUGGAACUUCUAAUAGCAGUUUAUAGUUCGCCACGCUUACCAAAUGUUUCUUACCAGAAAACAGUUGGCCUAAUAAGGGAUUAUUUCCCAUAACUAGCUAUCCAGGAAUGCUGCAAAAACAAGAGUAACAAAUUGAAUUUGAAAAUACCUAAUGACACAUAAUUAGCAAAAUGAAAGAUUUGGUUAUAGCUUCUUGAAUUUAUAAGAAUUCUGGGUGACAGUUAUUGUUUCUUUUAUUCCAGGAAAUAUUUUGGAGAAAUCUGAAUUGAUCUAUAUUAUAAAGUUAAUCCAGUCUAAUCUAAGAAUAUACAGUGAAUUAAAUGCUAAUUAAAGCAAUUAAAGCAUGCUAACAGGCAGUAACCUAAAGGACAGGCUCCAUCUUACUUACCAAAUUCCAUGUUAGCUCAGUUGCAUAAAGAACAUAGAUGAGAGCUUUCAUUCCCUGCUGAAAAGGAUGCCAUGCCUCCACCAGUGAUUGCCCCCUGCGGGUCACUUUCUCAGUCAUUUUGAGCUCAGCCUAAUCAAAGACUGAGGUUAUGAAGUCGAUCCUAGAUGGCCUUGCAGAUACCACCUUCCGCACCAUCACCACUGACCUCCUGGGAAGUCCCUUCCAAGAGAAGAUGACUGCAGGAGACAAUCCCCAGCUAGUCCCAGCAGACCAGGUGAACAUUACAGAAUUUUACAACAAGUCUCUCUCGUCCUUCAAGGAGAAUGAGGAGAACAUCCAGUGUGGGGAGAACUUCAUGGACAUAGAGUGCUUCAUGGUCCUGAACCCCAGCCAGCAGCUGGCCAUUGCAGUCCUGUCCCUCACGCUGGGCACCUUCACGGUCCUGGAGAACCUCCUGGUGCUGUGCGUCAUCCUCCACUCCCGCAGCCUCCGCUGCAGGCCUUCCUACCACUUCAUCGGCAGCCUGGCGGUGGCAGACCUCCUGGGGAGUGUCAUUUUUGUCUACAGCUUCAUUGACUUCCACGUGUUCCACCGCAAAGAUAGCCGCAACGUGUUUCUAUUCAAACUGGGUGGGGUCACGGCUUCCUUCACUGCCUCCGUGGGCAGCCUGUUCCUCACGGCCAUCGACAGGUACAUAUCCAUUCACAGGCCCCUGGCCUAUAAGAGGAUUGUCACCAGGCCCAAGGCUGUGGUGGCGUUUUGCCUGAUGUGGACCAUAGCCAUUGUGAUCGCCGUGCUGCCUCUCCUCGGCUGGAACUGCGAGAAACUGCAGUCCGUUUGCUCAGACAUUUUCCCACACAUUGAUGAAACCUACCUGAUGUUCUGGAUCGGGGUCACCAGCGUACUGCUUCUGUUCAUCGUGUAUGCGUACAUGUACAUUCUCUGGAAGGCUCACAGCCACGCCGUCCGCAUGAUUCAGCGUGGCACCCAGAAGAGCAUCAUCAUCCACACGUCUGAGGAUGGGAAGGUACAGGUGACCCGGCCAGACCAAGCCCGCAUGGACAUUAGGUUAGCCAAGACCCUGGUCCUGAUCCUGGUGGUGUUGAUCAUCUGCUGGGGCCCUCUGCUUGCAAUCAUGGUGUAUGAUGUCUUUGGGAAGAUGAACAAGCUCAUUAAGACGGUGUUUGCAUUCUGCAGUAUGCUCUGCCUGCUGAACUCCACCGUGAACCCCAUCAUCUAUGCUCUGAGGAGUAAGGACCUGCGACACGCUUUCCGGAGCAUGUUUCCCUCUUGUGAAGGCACCGCGCAGCCUCUGGAUAACAGCAUGGGGGACUCAGACUGCCUGCACAAACACGCAAACAACGCAGCCAGUGUUCACAGGGCCGCAGAAAGCUGCAUCAAGAGCACCGUCAAGAUUGCCAAGGUAACCAUGUCUGUGUCCACAGACACGUCUGCCGAGGCUCUGUGAGCCUGAUGCCUCCCUGGCAGCACAGGAAAAGAUUUUUUUUUUUUUAAGCUCAAAAUCUAGAAGAGUCUGUUGUCUCCUCGGUUAUAUUUUUUUAAGUUUACCAUGCUCAGUGAAAAGGUGAUUGUCACCAUGAUCACUUAUCAGUUUGCUAAUGUUUCCAUAGUUUAGGUACUCAAACUCCAUUCUCUAGGGGUUUACAGUGAAGAAAGCCUGUUGCUUAGGUGACUGAACCAUCCUUCAAAGUCUCAACAAAAUAGGAGGGAAACCUUUGGCUACACAAUUGGAAGUCUAAGAACCCAUCAAAAAAUGCCAUCAAAUGAAUAAUGCCUUUGUAACCACAACUUUCACUAUAAUGUGAAAUGUAACUGUCCGUAGUAUCAGAGAUGUCCAUUUUUACAAGUUAUAGUACUAGAGAUAUUUUGUAAAAUGUAUUAUGUCCUGUGAGAUGUGUAUCAGUGUUUAUGUGCUAUAAAUAUUUGUUUAAUUAGCAAAACUGAAAAGUAAACUCUUAUGAGAACAAUGAACAAGCAGUGGAUACAUGUCAAUGAGUGCACUUUUUUUCUGUAUUAUUGCCCAUGAUAUAACUAGAAAUAAACCUUAGUAUUUCUUCAAAUAUCUCUUUAAUUUUGACACUGAAAUAACCAUAAAGAUUUAUUUUUCUGUUACCUCAACAAGAAGAAUUUGAAGACUUCAAAAUAUUGAGCAGAAUUCAUUCAUACUUAAAAAUUUAUUAGCCCUGCAUUUUCAUAGGAAGACACAUUAUCUUCUGGACUCUAGCUGUUCUAAUGGAUUAUAAUCAGAAUGGAAGAGAGAAAGCAUAUUGACUUUUUUUGAGCGACAUCUCUGACUUUCUUUAGUCUUUAGCUAUUACUGGAUCUCUUAAGACAGCAUGUGUUAAUCUUAAUGUAUAUUGUUAUCACUGUGCAGUUGCUGUUUACUUGAAUACUAUUGUGUUCCUAUAUUCCAGGUUUAAGUAGAUUUGAUGCCUGGGUGGCCAAACAACAGUCUUCAUUUUUUUUAAUUGAAAAGAAGUUGUGUCUGGAUCAGUAAAAUUAUACAGUGUGUGAGUGUGAAUAUAAAUGUGUGUAUGUGUGUUUCUGUCCUGUAACUGUUACAGUAAUGUCAUAAAGUGAGAAAACUGUGACCAAGUAUAAACUAUUACCACUUGCUGCCCUCUUGCACAUGGAUUCUGUUUCUAAAAUUGAGUUCUUCCUGUAAUCUUGUUGAUAAAAAUACUGACUCCAACCAUUCAAAAAUUUCACCCCAUCCCUCCUUAAGAGAUUGGAUCAAGUAUUACUAAAUUGACCUUUAGGUAUUACAUAAGACCAGUGUUUAGCAAGAAAUAAUGACAGACAUCCAAGUAAGGGAUGUAUUUAUAGUGUUAUUGCCGGGAAAGGAGAGUACUUUGGUUUCUGAGCACCGAAUAUUGAGCAAGAUGUCAGUCACUAAAAGGAAGACUUGUACAGAAAAGCAAAUGGUAACAUUUUUCAAUAGCAUGUGUAGGUAGUAUGCACUAUAUGCAUCACGUUAAAGUAGGACUAUCACACCCAGCCCAUGUGGCUAAAAAAGCUGAAUCAGACAGUGGAUGAGACACAAAACGGCAGUGAAGAGCCGACACACUUGGCAUUGACGUCUAGAUAUGCUGCAUCUGUGCUUUGCCCACAUGCCCUUGGUGACAGCUGAGCACCCAGCUCUCUUGGUAGGUUUGGUCUAAGGAACAGACCUCUUCUUUGCUCGUGGUUAGCAAGAUCCACUCAAGCAUGAAGAUAAACACAGCUGCUUUCUUCUUACACCCUGGUCUCAUACUCCUUCAUGGCGCCAUGGGUGCUCAUUAUUGGGCCUUUUUCCAGUAAGGAAUGAUAAUUGCUGAAGAAUCUACUUAACCCUGACAAAUUUUAAUUAUAAUCUCUUCUUAUACAGAUAAAACAUGACUCCUACAAGGCCCCAAGGUCUACAUAGUCUGAAGUGAAGUAGAGAGCUGGCAUCUAUCUGGUGAUUUCUAGCUCUCGAGAUACCCAAGCAGCCUGAUGGGGCAGUUCUCCUUCUUGCAGUUCAUGCUCUAAGGCAGGGUGUGGCUUGUGAGAUACUUUGCAUUGUCUGUCUGCACACCUUGAAUCUGCCUGCUGGUUCCUUUACUUUACCUCUCUGUCAUGUGCAGAUGAAGGCUCAGGGUGCUAGAGGAUUAAUAAGAUCUCUUUCUAAAGAGAGGAGAGAUUAUUUACAAGAAGAACUCACCAGAGUCUAGUUUCCAUUUAAGAAUUGCCAGUGUUUUGUCCAGCAUCAUCUUCAAUAUUAAUCCACAUGUUUCAGAGCUCACCAGGCAGUACCAAUGCUCUUUUCACAGCUAUGAAGAGCUAGUAGAGAUGAAAUUCUUGUUAUGGUAGAAAAAUUUCACAAUUCAUUUUUGAAACUGCAUUUGUGCGUAUGCAAUGUAGAUUUUAUAGUGUGUUGUGCUUUCAAGAUCUAAAUCAUAUAUAAUAAAUUAAGGGACAAUGGGGCUGACAGCACUAAACUUGGUGCUUAUUGAUAUUCUAAGAAAUAUCUGUGAAAUAUCAUCACGUAUGUUAUACAACCUUCAUUUAAAAAGGUUUAAAACUAGUUAGAUUCGCUUUGACACUUUUCAUACCAUUUCUUAACCCAAGUGACGAAAACGUUGUCCCCAAUGAAUAUACUCAUUAGAAUUACCAUUUGUUAAUAUCACUCAUUAGCCCCAUAAUUAGAUCCAUUAAUUUAAAUAUGAUUUAAAUUUAAGUAAGUUUUAUAAGGUCUGACAUCAGAGGUAUCUUACUUUCCUCUGAGGAUGAUGUACUUGCCCUGACCAUGCAUUUUACCAUCACACAUGUCUUCAGAAAGGGCCAAAUUCCCAACCUGCUCAUUUUUUUUUAUCAGAGUCAUGAUGAAUCAGUCCUAGAAUGUUUCAUUUGGACAAGUAGGGCUGCCUCCAAGAGGAACCUCUGAUUUAUUUUGUAUGAAAUAUAUGUGAAAGAAUAUUAAUCUGAGAGAUGCUGUAGACAUCUGUCCUACACUUGAGAUGAUUUCCAAGCCUCUCUGGCACUUUGAAUUAAGUCUAUCUGGUAUUAAAUGCCAAGGACCUUUUGCUGCCUAAAUCCACUCUGCAGGAAAUAGGCCCAACCACCAGAUGAGAAUUAGGCCCUGGAUAAGUAGUGCUCUAGUUACUGUCCUGUUGAUUAAUUUCUGCCAUUUCAUGUCCAUAAAAGAGACCACCCAUAUCAUGCACACAAUUAGAUUUCUCACACUCUAGCUGUAUAUUUGUAUGAUAUUUUAAAAUCUCCUAAAUGCUGGGCAAUGGCUAUUAACAAUUAAUUGUCUUGCACUGGCCUUCUGAUGAAAUGUUAACAAUGCCUAUUGUAAUAUAGAAAAAAACAUUCUAUCUACUGAUUUGGGCUGAAUGUAUGUAAAUAGGUUUCUAAAAAGUCAGAUGUUUGAGCAGUGGCCUACAAAUCAGUAAUUUUCAGAUGGGAGAGUUUCUUUACAUUGCCGUGGCAUCUUAAAAGCUAUCUUCAGGUAAAUUGACUGUACUAGGCCUACUGGGGAUCAGAGUUCCCAAGAAAGGAAACCUUUUCUUGUAUCUGGAUUCAAAUUUAUUUCCAAUGUUUCAAGUGGAAAACAUGACUCUUUAUUGUCUGUAAAUCUAACAUUAUUACUUUUCCUCUUAGAAGAAUAUUGUAUUGUUAGAUGUUUGUUAAGCUGGUGACAUCGUUGCAACUGCUGCAAUAUCUUCGUUAGUAAUCUGUAUAAUACUUUGUAUACAAGUACUGGUAAGAUUGUUAUUAAAUGUAGCUUCAGUCAUUAAAUUACUAUAGCAAAGUAGUACUUCUUCUGUAAUAUUUACAAUGUAUUAAGCCCACAGUAUAUUUUAUUUCAAUGAUGUAAUUAAACUGUUACUUAUUCAAAGAGAAAACAUCUCAUCAUGUCUAUUGUCCAAAGUUACCUGGAAUCAAAUAAAAAUUCUAGAUUACCAUGAAGAACAUAAAA